CAUGGCUGAGAAGACCCCAGAGGAGACGGGGCUGUGGAAUGGGACUGUACUUCAGGAUGCUUCUCAGGGCCUCCAGGACAGCUUGUUCUCCUCUGAAAGUGACAACAGCCUGUACUUCACCUACGGUGGCCGGUCUAAUACUCUGGAGGUCAGAGAUCUCACCUAUGAGGUGGACAUGGCCUCUCAGGUGCCUUGGUUUGAGCAGCUGGCUCAGUUCAAGUUACCGUGGUGCUCUCGCAGCAGCCAAGACUCCUGCCGUCUGGGCAUCCGGAAUCUGAGCUUCAAAGUGAGGAGUGGACAGAUGCUAGCUAUCAUCGGGAGCUCAGACUGUGGGAGAGCCUCACUGCUAGACGUCAUCACAGGCAGAGACCAUGGUGGCAAGAUGAAAUCGGGACAAAUCUGGAUAAACGGGCAACCCAGCACGCGCCAGCUGAUGAGAAAGUGUGUGGCGCAUGUGCGCCAGCAUGACCAGCUGCUCCCCAACCUGACUGUCAGAGAGACCCUGGCUUUCAUCGCCCAGAUGCGCCUGCCCAGGACCUUCUCUCAAGCCCAGCGUGACAAAAGGGUGGAGGACGUGAUUGCCGAGCUUCGGCUGCGCCAGUGUGCCAACACCCGCGUGGGCAACAUAUAUGUGCGUGGGGUGUCCGGGGGCGAACGCCGGAGAGUGAGCAUCGGGGUGCAACUUCUGUGGAACCCAGGGAUCCUCAUCCUGGACGAGCCCACUUCUGGCCUAGACAGCUUCACCGCCCACAACCUGGUGAGAACCUUGUCCCGCCUGGCCAAAGGCAACAGGCUGGUGCUCAUCUCCCUCCACCAGCCUCGCUCUGACAUCUUUAGGCUAUUUGACCUGGUCCUUCUGAUGACAUCUGGCACCCCAAUCUACCUGGGGGCUGCGCAGCACAUGGUGCAGUACUUCACAUCAAUUGGCUACCCUUGUCCUCGCUACAGCAACCCUGCUGACUUCUACGUGGACUUGACUAGCAUUGACAGGCGCAGCAAAGAACAGGAAGUGGCCACCAUGGAGAAGGCUCAGUCACUUGCAGCCUUGUUUCUAGAAAAAGUGCAAGGCUUUGAUAACUUCCUGUGGAAAGCAGAGGCAAAGGAGUGUGACACUGGCACCUAUGCGGUCAGCCAGACUCUCACACAGUUCCCUGACUGUGCAACUGCUGCUGCUGAGUUGCCCGGGAUAAUACAGCAGUUUACCACCCUGAUCCGUCGUCAGAUCUCCAAUGAUUUCCGGGACCUGCCUACCCUGCUCAUCCACGGGGCGGAAGCCUGCCUGAUGUCUCUCAUCAUUGGCUUCCUCUACUAUGGCCACGAUGCCAAGCAGCUCUCGUUCAUGGACAUGUCAGCUCUUCUCUUCAUGAUAGGAGCGCUCGUCCCUUUCAACGUCAUUCUGGAUGUCGUCUCCAAGUGUCACUCGGAGAGGUCAAUGCUGUACUGUGAGCUGGAAGAUGGGCUGUACACUGCUGGGCCAUAUUUCUUUGCCAAGAUCCUAGGCGAGCUGCCCGAGCACUGUGCCUACGUGAUCAUCUACGGGAUGCCCAUCUACUGGCUGACCAACCUGCGGCCAGUGCCCGAGCUCUUCCUUCUUCACUUCCUGCUUGUGUGGCUGGUGGUCUUCUGCUGCAGGACCAUGGCGCUGGCUGCCUCCGCCAUGCUGCCCACCUUCCAUAUGUCCUCCUUCAUCUGCAAUGCCCUCUACAAUUCCUACUACCUCACCGGUGGCUUCAUGAUCAACCUGAACAACCUGUGGAUAGUGCCUGCGUGGAUUUCCAAGCUGUCUUUCCUCCGGUGGUGCUUCUCAGGGCUGAUGCAGAUUCAGUUUAAUGGCUACCCUUACACAGCGCAGGUCGGCAACCUCACCUUUUCAGUCCCCGGAGAUGAGCUGGUCAGUGCCAUGGACCUCAACUCGUACCCGCUCUAUGCUGCCUACCUCAUUGUCAUUGGCAUCAGCUGUGGCUUCCUGUUCCUGUACUAUCUGUCCUUGAAGUUCAUCAAACAGAAGUCAAGUCAAGACUGGUGAUGCUCACCCAGGCUUGCUCCUGCUGCUGGGCUGCUUCUCCCAGGGCUGGCUGCCCCCUGAAGUGGACGACGAUGACACAGAUCUCAGCAGCAUGCACCUCUCGGUGCUGCAGUGGCAUGGGUCAGCCACAGGAUGGCAGCAGAAUAAAAGACAGUUGAGAGGGAUUCCUGCUCACAGGCC